GUUUUCCUGCUCCGUCCGAGCGCGUGCGCUGCGCACUGCUCGCUCACGCUCACUGUGCGUGACGUCAAACCAGCAUGGCGGUCAAGGUGCAAUCUACCAAACGCGGGGACCCGAGUGAGCUGAAAACAAUCUUCCAGAAGUAUGCCAGUGUAGUGGACAAAGAUGGAGAGAGGUUUAUGACUCCAGGGGACUUUGUCCAGAAGUACCUUGGACUACACACACAAAUUCACCACAACCCUAAAACCGUACAACUCAUUGCUGCUGUGGCUGACACUACAAAGGAUGGGCUGAUCUCAUUCCAGGAGUUUCUUGCCUUUGAAUCGGUGUUGUGUGCACCCGACACGCUCUUCAUUGUAGCCUUUCAGCUGUUUGACAAGACUGGAACUGGAGCGAUUUCCUUCGAGAAUGUGCGGGACAUCUUCAGCCAGACCACAGUGCACCACCACAUUCCCUUCAACUGGGACUGUGAGUUCAUCCGUCUGCACUUUGGGCACGACCGCAAGAAACGCCUCAGCUACCUCGAGUUCACCCAGUUCCUGCAGGAGCUGCAGCUGGAGCAUGCACGCCAGGCAUUCGCCCAAAAGGACAAAGGGAAGAAUGGCGUCAUCUCUGCCAUGGACUUCAGUGACAUUAUGGCCACCAUCAGACACCAUAUGCUCACACCCUUCGUGGAGGAGAAUCUUGUCUCAGCUGCAGGUGGCAGUACCUCUCACUUGGUCAGCUUCUCUUAUUUCAAUGCCUUCAACUCCCUACUGAACAACAUGGAGCUGAUCCGCAAGAUCUACAGCACUCUGGCUGGCACACGGAAGGACACGCUGGUGACCAAAGAGGAGUUUGUUCAUGCUGCCAACAAGUUUGGUCAGAUUACUCCCAUGGAAAUUGACAUCUUGUACCAGUUAUCAGGCCUUCACUCUCCCUCUGGACGUCUGAACCUUGCAGACAUUGAAAGAAUAGCUCCAUUAGAGGAGGGAUGUCUGCCCUACCACCUGGUCGAAACCCAGAAACAGGCCCAUGGAGACAGUUCCAGGCCUGUGUGGCUCCAAGUUGCAGAGUCAGCCUACAGGUUCACCCUGGGCUCCAUCGCUGGAGCCACGGGAGCGACAGCAGUGUACCCCAUCGACCUGGUGAAGACUCGUAUGCAGAACCAGAGAUCCACAGGAUCCUUUGUUGGAGAGCUGAUGUACAAGAACAGCUUUGACUGUGCCAAGAAGGUGCUUCGCUACGAGGGCUUCUUCGGCUUCUACAGAGGUCUGGUUCCUCAGCUCAUAGGUGUGGCACCUGAGAAAGCUAUCAAACUCACAGUGAAUGACUUUGUGAGAGAUAAAUUCACCACUAAAGACAACACGAUUCCUUUAUUUGCUGAGAUUUUGGCUGGUGGCUGUGCUGGAGGCUCGCAGGUGAUCUUCACCAACCCACUGGAGAUUGUGAAGAUUCGCCUGCAGGUGGCAGGCGAGAUCACCACCGGACCUCGAGUCAGUGCACUCAAUGUGGUCCGUGACUUGGGCUUCUUUGGACUCUACAAGGGUGCUAAAGCUUGUUUCCUAAGGGACAUCCCCUUCUCAGCCAUCUAUUUCCCCGUGUACGCUCACACUAAGGCUUCCCUAGCCGACGAACAAGGCAGGGUGGGACCUUUGCAGCUUCUCACUGCUGGAGCAAUAGCAGGUAUCCCUGCAGCCUCCCUCGUGACGCCUGCUGAUGUCAUCAAGACGCGUCUGCAAGUGGCAGCAAGGGCUGGACAGACGACUUACUCAGGAGUCAUUGAUUGCUUCAGGAAGAUUAUGAGAGAGGAAGGCUUCAGGGCUUUGUGGAAGGGAGCUGGAGCUCGUAUGUGCCGGUCCUCUCCUCAGUUUGGUGUGACUCUGGUGACCUAUGAACUGUUGCAGCAGUGGUUCUACGUUGACUUUGGAGGACAUCGUCCGGCAGGAUCUAGUCCCACACCCAAGUCUCGUAUCUCAGAGCUUCCUCCCAUCAAUGCAGACCACGUCGGCGGCUACCGCCUGGCUGCAGCUACCUUCGCCGGAGUGGAGAACAAAUUUGGCCUCCACCUGCCUAAAUUCAAGUCCUCCGGUGUGGUUUCCAUACAUCACCCAGAGCCACCAACUGCCACGCCAGCUCAGGCGCCAUAGAGCCCUGAAUUUAAAUAUCACUUUGCCAUCCCUCUCCACCACUACCAGGAGCCAGACACUUAGAUAGACACACAAAACAAAGCACACAGUUAACACACUCUCCACAAAUGACGGGGCCAUUAGCUCAGCGGCAGGCAACACCGGCUCCGUCGAGGGUGUUCUCCUUUGGACAGCAGCCAGCCGUAGAGGUGGAGCUGGCUGCAGCGACGUACAACAGAGCAGACGGCGACGGGACCAGAGCGCUGACUGUGUUGUAUCUUCAGUGGCUGCACGCUCCUGGCAACUCCAUCCUUUGUGUUCUUCUCUCCAGCAUUUGUAUAAAACUGGGCCUUGAGCACUCCUCUCUCUCAUGAGUAGCUGAUAUGAUUUUUGUUCUGUUUUCGGUCUGAUACUCGGUAUGAGUAGGACUUCUCUUAUUGGACAGCGGGCGUAGAAAAUAAUAGAUUGAUCUGCACGGUGUGUGGGGCUUUACUCUUGAUCUCUCCUCACACAGGAGGCUACAGACUGUACAUAUUGUAUAACUGUACUGAGAAGAUGUUACAAGACAAAGUUCUGUAACAUUCAGUCGGCAUCAUUACACAGUAAUAGUAAUGUGAUGGCAACAUGGGGCCUUUGGUCCCGGUCAGAGAAUCACUCUUACUGAUGUACAGAACUUUUCAAUUAUGUGUUUUCUUGAUAAGAUUCAGGAGAAGAGAAUUAGGUAUUAAUAAAUUAAAUGUAUCUCAAACCAGUCAUUGUAUUUUAAUUAAAUAAAUCAUCCAUAUGGUUUUAAUUUUA